CUACAGAGCUUCUCCUCAAUCGCAUUGCAAGAGGUACCCCAGUUGUGGUUCGAAUCUUGGGUUUUAGUAAUCCCUUAGUGCUCUUAUCUGUUUACCACUUUUGCUCUACCAAUUGGGUGCGAUAUACCUCAAACUAUUUGCAGGUCCUAGCUUGAUCCUUGCCCAUCGCAACGUUUUCGCGACAGCCUAAACGGACCAAAAUGAACGUCGAGUUCCAAGGCACCCUCUCCAACCUGGAGAACAAACUAAACGUGCUUAUAAAUAGUCUGACAACAUCACCAACAGCUGCAGGCGCCCCCGCCGCCGCGAUCGGUUUAUUGGACGCAGACGACUCGUUGACCUCCGCCGUCGAGACCCUCCGACAACACCAGCAGAACUAUGCCAAGAUUUUACGGCUCCGUGAAGAAGCCCAGGAACUGGAAGAAAAAGUCAAAAGCAUUGUACGUGAGGUGAUGGCCUAUGAGAAGGAAAUCACAACGACCUGUGGAGACGAGUCUGAUAGCGACCUGGACUCGGAGGACGAUUACUUGGACUAUGACUCGGAUGAAAACAUGCAGGGUGAAAAGCCAAGAUCUACUGGGUUACGGGGAAUUAAGGAGGUGGACUACAAGCUACUUCUCGACUUCGCGCGGCGGAUCAGCAAAUACAACCACCAAGCGGCUUCCGAUGCUGCAGCGACUGCAGAGGCCAAAUCGCGCGAGAGAAUUCAAGAGAAGGGACCGGAUACAGAAAUGACGGGCACAAAUGGCAACCAGGAUACUGAGACUGCGGAACCGGUCGCAUCUGUGACCAAAGACGCGACUAAUUGGCUUGACGAAUCGGCAAAGAUGACUCGCCAGGCUUAUAUGCUACCGUAUCCAAUGGAAGAUCGCAUUCGGCUGGGACUGAUGGCGCAAAUACAACUCGCUGCUGCCGAGGGUCGCCCAGGCUUUGAACCAGAGAAGGAAGUUGAACGCUUAAUACGCGAGGCUGAGGGUGUAGGGAUCGCUGAUGCGAUGCCGCAGGUCGACGUCGGCGAAGAAGCGCGUCAUGCAGAUGAGGCCGCAAAAGCUGCAGCGCAUGCUGGAUCUGCGGCAACAAGCGGAUCUGGGAUGGGAGCCGCACCAAUGCCAAAACCUAAGGCUACAUUGGAUCUCGAUCUGUACGACCCGGAUGAAGAUGACGAAUGAUGCGUUAGUGUUUACUGUACAGAUAAUGCUACUUGAGAUGACCAGCCAACAGCAGGCCUGUUGCUUCUGGACCUCUAAACAAGAAAAAUAAACCUGACUCCAAAUUCACAUCUUGUGCACUGACGACUUUGCUGUCCACUUCCUUAAAC